UUGCCAAGGUGUCAGGAGGACAAGCUGUCAAGUUAAGACCUCAAUGGCUCCUAAGUUGAGUUUUUUUUUUUCUUCCUUCGUUUUAAUUUAAUUUUUUUUUCCUUUUUAGUGUUUGGUUUUUAGCAGUCUCGUGUAAACCAGGACGGACUCAGACUUGCUACAAAGUUGAGGCUGCCCUUGACUACUGAGCCCACUGUCACCACCUCCCAAGUACCGGGAUUACAGCGUGAGUCACCAUGCCAUGCCAUGUUGUUGUAGAUGAGAGUUGACAUCUCAGAAAUCCUUCUAAGCCUCCCAAGUCACUGCGAUUAAAGGUGUGAGCGUCCUAGCCUGGCAGUUUUCCCGUCAGACUCCUGGGUGAGUCCACAGAAAAAGCGCUAGCACAGCAGCCAUGCCCUUGUGGUUCAAGAAGAGCCAGCCAAGUUGUUGCAGUGCUCAGUUUCCAUCUUUUACGCUGCCAGUGCCCUCAGCUCUCCUGGGCACAUCCUCAGUGCCAGCCUGCCCAGGCCUCUUCACACUGACCUGCUGCUAUGGAGCCAAACCAGCUAUUCUUGGGCCCUUGCCCAGGAUGCAUGAGGCCACCGAAGACAAAGUGGCCUGGGGCUUCGCGCCCGCCAGUCAGAGAGCCAAUGACAGCAGGACCAAAGCGCCGCCCCAAUGAGCGAGCUGCCUGCCAAUCAGGGGCGGAGCCAGCGAGGACACAGCCAAUAGGAGGAAGGGUGGUGCAGUGGCCUCGCCCUGGACCAGCACUGUUGUUGAGCAUCGGGAGGGCAGAGCGCGUGCCCGUUACAUGACCAAUAAGAACAGACCGUCAGUGGUCGCACCAGCUCGAGGCCUGAACGUGCUUCCUCUACGGCUGGACCAGACCUUUCACAACCAGGGCGGGGCUAAUGGGACUCUGCCAAUAGCAAGAAGCUGCCGGGUCAGGCCAGGGAUGCCGCCUGCGCUGCGGUCGCUCCCCGCAGAGAGAAGCGCGGCCCUAGGUAAGCGGCCCGGACCGAGGGAUGCAGCGCUCCCGUUAGUCAGAGAGCCAAUCAGAGUGGACCAAGACUAGCCGACCGUGUCUCCCCUGCGAUUGGACGGCGCCCUUGCCAAUCACAGCAAGGGCCAGUGAAAUCUCGGCCCACAGCAAGAAGCGCCUGGUUCCGAUUUGCGGUUCAGGGUCCACGAGGUGGUUGCCGACGGGGGUCGGCGCUUAGUGCUCACCUCCCCUCAGCCAAACCCCUCGGUGCAGGCCGACGUCGCGCGCUUGUCAGCUGGAGAGCCAAUCAGAGUGGGGUAGUCAAGCGCCGAAGGCGGGCUGUGUCCUCUGCGAUUGGGCGAGCCUUCUGACAAUCAGGGCGGAGCCAGCGAGGGCCCGACCAAUGGCGGGAGGCGGCUGGGUCAGACCAGCCACUAACUGCAGGCGCGGUGGUCGUUGCGGCUCCUGGGAGGGCAGCGCUCCACAGCCUACCUGCGCGCAGGCCCUGGGCGUCUAGCGCCCGCCAGCGGCCCGUCGCGUCAUGUCAGGCACUGCUUGACUCGAGUUCUUCGGGCCUCCUCCUACCCGCCUACCAGAAGCCGCGCCCACCGCCCAGAGCCAGAGGGAUGGUGGUAGUCACCGGGCGGGAGCCAGACAGCCGUCACUUGGACGGUGCCAUGUCCAGCUCCGAAGCCGAAGAUGACUUCCUGGAGCCGGCCACUCCCACGGCCACGCAAGCGGGGCACGGGCUGCCCCUGCUGCCCCAGGAGUUUCCUGAGGUGGUCCCCCUUAACAUUGGAGGGGCGCACUUUACCACCCGCCUGUCUACUCUGCGGCGCUAUGAAGACACCAUGCUGGCGGCCAUGUUCAGUGGGCGGCAUUACAUCCCUACAGACUCCGAGGGCCGGUAUUUCAUCGACCGAGAUGGCACACACUUUGGAGAUGUGCUGAACUUCCUGCGUUCAGGGGAUCUGCCGCCCCGGGAGCAUGUGCGAGCUGUGCACAAAGAGGCGCAGUACUAUGCCAUUGGGCCCCUGCUGGAGCAGCUGGAGAACAUGCAGCCGCUGAAGGGCGAGAAGGUGCGCCAGGCCUUUCUGGGGCUCAUGCCCUAUUACAAAGACCAUUUGGAGCGGAUCGUGGAGAUUGCCCGGCUGCGUGCAGUACAGCGGAAGGCCCGCUUUGCCAAGCUCAAAGUCUGCGUCUUCAAGGAAGAGAUGCCCAUCACCCCCUAUGAGUGUCCACUCCUCAACUCCCUACGCUUUGAGCGGAGUGAGAGUGACGGACAGCUCUUUGAGCACCACUGCGAAGUGGACGUGUCUUUCGGGCCCUGGGAGGCGGUGGCUGAUGUGUAUGACCUCUUGCACUGUCUGGUCACGGACCUCUCAGCCCAGGGCCUCACCGUGGACCAUCAGUGCAUCGGGGUGUGCGACAAGCACCUUGUCAACCACUACUACUGCAAGCGCCCCAUCUAUGAGUUCAAAAUCACGUGGUGGUGAGUCGUCCUGGUGGGCAAGAGCCCCAUGAAGGAGGGUGCCGUCCUCUUGGGUGGCUCUGGGAGUCUGGUCCCCAAAAGGGCUGCUGACUGUCGCAGAAGCCGCUGAGGUGAGGACAGAGUGCUGAGGCAGAUAGAUGCAAAGGCACAGGUGCUCCCCCAGGCUCCCCGGCUCGUGUACCUUGGGGACUCGGUCUGCCCUCACUUGGUCUUUUCCUCAAGGCAUGGCCGUCUUCACUGGCAGCUGGCCACAGGAUCUAGUGAGGACAUCACUGAGAGUCCGGAGAGCUGUGACACUGUCUUGACACCUUGCAGGAGAGCUUCUGCCCAUUUUAGGGCCAUGUUACUGACGGAAGUGUCAUCACUUCCUGUCCCUGUUAGAACAGUCCUGCGCUUAGUGUGUCAGUUGGAAUAAGGAGUGCGUGUCAUAGGGGAUUGACCCAAGUAUCCACCCUGUAGCCCUGGCCAAAGAAGAAAGGGUGCGUUUCCUCCCAGUGCUCUCCUUGCGCCACCACUGACUGCAGCACCUUGUCGUAGGGUAUGGAAAGAGAUGUCCUGUGCUCCCAGAACAUGCCUGUCACCUUCUCUUGGAGAUUGACCAUAGCUGCCAAAGCCACGUACCAGUUGGGCCUUAGAAAAACCACAAUGUUUACAGCCCCACCCCAGGGCUUUGGCUUCUUCCUUCUUUGCAGUUAUCCCUUCCCAGGGCUGGCAUGUUACGUUCCAAAGGUUCUUUCUGAAGAUUCCCCAUGUCAGGCAGACAAGGAGCCCGGGUCCCCUCGACUUGUAGCACAACUCUCAGAGGUCAAGAACAGGCCUUGUGUUAGCAUCCAAUGGGGUGAGCCUCUUUGGAAGGCAUGCCCUCUUUCUUUGAUAGUUUUUGUUGGGGGGAGAGGGAGUGCUGGGGCGGGGGGAGGCACAGCCAUCCCAGGAGCUGAGGACGAGGAAAGUAAAUUUCUGUGUUCUACUUCCUGUUUCAGAAAGAGAGAGAAAAAGCCCACAAUGAUCACUUGCUCUGCAGUCAGGGGCAACUAUGUCAGGGUACAACACUGAACCCCUAAAGAGAGAGCUGUGUGGCACCCCUCUGAAAGCACCGCAUGUCCAGGUCACACACAGUGGCUUCUAAAUAAUGGCCAGGGGUGCAUCUGACCAUUCUUGGAUCAUUUCCUUUUCAAUUAAGCUUUUUUUUUUUUUUUUUUUUUUAAUUUUUUUUAUUUUUUGCUAUAAGGGAUUAAGGGCAGUACCACCAUAGGAUUGGGGCUGGGGUGUCUGCCCACUUCUGGGGACUAGAAGGCCAAGCCUCGGGACCUGAGCUAAAUUCUUCUGUGGGACCUGAGCAAAAUUUCUCCAUUGGGUGGGUUGGGGCAGGUACUUUCCAGGGCUCUUGUGGUUUUGAACUUGUAUUUCACUCUGAGUGUAGCAGAGUCUGAUCCAAGAGGGAGAGAGCAUCAGUUGCCCUGCAGGACAGCUGCUCUCUCUAUUCUCAUUAACAAACAGUGGAAUCUUCUGGGGUGCCUAUGCCCCUGCUUGGCGCUCAGCCCAGCAUCAUCCUCCUUCUGGCCUUGUUCUAGCAAAGAAGUUCCUUCUUUAAAUCGGUUUUAUUUUUGUUUUCUCGAUAGGGUCUCAUGAAACCUCACGUUAGCUGUAUAGCUAAGGAUGACCUUAUACUCUUGACCUUCCUGCUUCUACCUCUGAAGCGCUGGGGGAUGCGGGCACAUCCCACCUCACCUAGUUCUUGUGUUCAUUUUUUCCGUAGCUAGUGAAGACACUAUUCAGUGUGAUGUCCAUAUGCGUACAGAGCAGACAAUUAAGCCCGGGCCUUUUAGUAAUUGUGCCUGGGGCCCUUUUCUUCUUGUUCUAGAAUAUUGCAGUGCUUGGAAAAUUAUAUAAAACAAAAAACUGAUCUGGCCAAAAACAAGGCCCCGACUACUUGCCUAAGGUUCCAAGGAUACUGGGUAAAGACGUUGUCUUUGUGACUUGCUAGAGACUCUGUUUUUCUGCCCCCCUUUUUAUUCUCAGGAUGAUAUGUUUUAUACAGUUAUGGCCACUGGAGCAGGCAGAGGAAGAACGCUAGAUAGCCAGCUCAGAACUCUCUUCCCUCUUCUUUCAAUCGCUUUUUUUAAUAGUUGACUUGAUAUGUGUGGUAUUUGGACAGACCAUGUACUGAAUCUUCUUAUGUGUGGCUUUUUUUUCUUUUUAAAUAACAAAAACCUUUGCAUUUUGAAGCCAGUGAAUUCUAUACUUUCUUGCAGCACAGAAACUUUUCUUUGUAUUACAAAGUAUAUUUAUUAUAAUUCUAAUUCUUCCUUGACUAGUGGAAUAGAAAUGUGAAAUAGAGAAAUACAUAUUGGCAUCUGGGAUGUGGUUCCAUGAGAGAAUACCUACCUAGUAUGCACAAGACCCUGGGUCCCCCCCCCAAAAAAAAAAAAGGAUUAUUUCAAAGUGUACCUUUGCUAUUUGGGCCUCCACACUCACUCACCUUCUGUACUCUCUUGAAGAUUUUCUUAAACAGUAAGGAUUCAUCAGCCUGGUUUGGCUCUCUCUAAUGAGAAGAAGCCAGGCUGAAAUGCAUGUUGAAUGUGAUGGCUGGGGAUGGCUUCCAAAUAAAAAGGUCAUAUCUGUGGAAAUUACUUCAGCCCAUCUGAUCCCUUUCCAGUUGCAAUUGCCCAGGCACAGACCAAGAGACUUGUAAGAAAAAGCUUCUUGAGCUACAGAAAUAAUCGUCUCAAAAUUUGUGUGUUCUGUCAAUCAAAGCCUCUCAUCUGGUUUGAGUCAGACCAGUCAGUCAUUGCUGAAUCAGACCGAGUGCCGACCCUGGGCGUUCCCUCCUGGUUUACUUUGGGCAUCUUCUCUCAGUGCCCACUGGUUGGGAAGAUGAAAGAUUUGAGAGCAGCACAACAGAAAGCAAUACAAGAAACAUGAAAAGAACCCUGAGUAGCAACAGGGAAGGCGGGGAGAGCCACACUGAAACACAGCGCAUCCCAGGGUUGGGAAUCCAUUGUUACUGAUCUCAGAGGAAACAUUGCCAUCCGUAACUUAGCUCUGUGUGUCCCCCUGGCUGCUGUACUUCCAGGGCUGAUAGCCAACAACCCUGGAACUUCCUAUUCUUUUCUCUUGGGCUUAGGCCCUUUGGGAACUAACUGCCUGAACACCAUGUCCCAGGCUGAUCAAGUUCUGAGUUGCUGCACGGAAGGCUAACAGAACCCUGUAAGAGCAAGCUGGCUUGUGGAGUGAUACUUAUGUGUGACCCUAGACAGAGAUGAAGCCUAAGAUAAACACCACCAGCCGGGCGGUGGUGGUGCACACCUUUGAUCCCAAAACUCAGGAGGCAGAUGCAGGCGUUUCUCUGUGAUGGGGUCUACAGCCUGGUCUCCAGAGUGGGUUGCAGGAUAGGCAGGGCCAUGCAGGGAAACCCUGUUUGUGGGGAGGGGGGACAAGAUAAACGCUACCAACAAGAUGCUUUUCCUAGGAGGAAUGUCAGCUGUCCUCCUGCAUAUUUUUAACCAUAUUUGAUGAUAAAUAGUUCAGCUCGCUGCGGUGCUCUUUUUGUGUGGUGCUUGCCUGGAGUGGAUGCCCAUCCCAUGAUUCUUAAAGGAUCAUUUCCUUGUCUGAAGGUAGGAUGUUGGGAGCUGGGAUGGCUGAGCGAGAAAGGAAGAAAGGUUUUAUGUUGUCCUUAAUUUGGGGGGAAAAGUGAAUAUGUAUCGUAUUGUGGGAACAGAUUAGGUGUGGGAGGUCAACUGAGCCCGUUGUCUUCAUCUGCAUAACUUUGGCUUAAUGUAACAUUUCCUGUGUUCAACAUCAAAGCUAUUUGUGAGCGACAUCAUACCUAUUUGUGAGUAAUCUUGUGCAUAGGGCCUCAUUUCAUCAGACAUUAAAAUCAAGAACUAGA